AUGGCUGACAUAGAUGAUGAAGAUGACAUGAAAGAUCGGAGAGAUGUGAUGAAAGAAACCAAUUUUGAGGUUGAGGACUUGGACCGGGAAGAUUUUGAUGCGUCAGUGCCUUCUUUUGUGCGAGCCUUAGGACUUGGUGCUGUACCAGAGGCAACUGCGCGGCUUACAGAGCACUCCACAUGGCUAGGUAGUUUGCACAACACCAAUGAAGUGUUGGAAGCGGACACUGUUACAAAAUUAGAGGGUCUCUCCCAGGAUAUCGUUUCUCUUGCUCAAAGAGCGCCGGAGAACGCUGCCCACGUCCACCUGGGGCCAGACUUGGCGCGAACCUUGCUUUGCCUUAUAUCCCGGUGCAUGGAAAGGCUGGAGUUUCGCCCUUUGCGUGCGGCUUUGCAAGCUUUGGCAACAUGCCUGAUCUCAGCAACAGCUGCUGCCGAGCUUCUGAGCAAAGGCCUUGAUACCAUCGUGUCCAUACUCAAGGCACAAGAUGGAGACGAGAGCUUGAAGUUGGCAGCCCUCCAGGUGUUGCUGCAGUUAUCGUCACAUGUGCCUGGGAUGGAGGCAGUUCUGGGUUGGUCUGAUGCUCCAAGCUCUCCGACUCCGUACGAGGUGGUUUUGUCGCUGGCACUUGAUGGAAUGCCAGGGCAGCCAAGGUCAGAGUAUGUGGCUUUGACCUUGCUUCGAAGAGCCGGCCUUUACGAAGCCUUGGCUCGAUUUGACGACUGUUGUUUGAAGCUUGAAGCAGUCGAAGGAAGCGAUGCACCACAAGAAAAGCUGCACAGAUUAGCAGCUGAGGCACUGCAAGAUAUUGCUGGCCUCAUCGAGUACCUCAGCCAGCCAGUCACAGGACGAGAUGUACAAAGCACUUGCUUUCUUCUCGAAGAUGAACUCCUAAAUGGCCAUGUGUCAGUAGAGUCGAAGCUCCCACCUGUAAUCUUUGGAGGUUGUGGAGCAGGCCCGGCAGCAAAUGAUCCAUUUGCACAAGGGCAGCAUCACCUUUAUGGCUUUCUUGAGUCCUUCUUGAUGGGACGCCGGCUGCUUCCAGGGCUGUGCAUUUUACUACGAAGAUUGCAGAGGAUGCCACCAGAGGAACGCUUGCUGGUCUUUCGUCCUUUUCAACGUUUGAUUUGCACAUUACUUUCCUGCACUGGCGGCCCUCAAUUCUUGGCUGCUGAUACAUCAACAAUCUCGAGCAUGCUGAAGAUCUUGCAAAGCAUGCAAGGUGAGACUGGGCGCAAACUGCCAGCCGUGCCGCGUUUCCCUGCAACACUUGUGCGAGAUUUGGGUGCACCUCAGUUGGCUGCUUUGAUCGGUCUUCACAUCAAAGCGCUCCGCCUGUCCAUACAGUUGGUGACAUCUACAAGGUCCAAAGGACGAGGUGGCCUCCUUCCUGAAGAACAUGCCUUCCCAGUGCUUGCUGCUUUGCACAGGCUGUGUGUCAAGGGAUCUGCUGGUCGCUGCGCAGUGGUUUAUGCUUUCCGAUCUGUUUUCUUCACAGAGUGGCUGAUCAGACAGAUAGACGGAAGGCUGGAUGAAGCUUUGCCUACUGGAAGCAGGUCAUCACAGGUUCAGCCCUCUCUUCGCCAUUUGGUCGCUAUUCUGCAUGCCUUAGUUUUGUCGGACCCAUCUGGUGCUGCAGCUGAAAGGUUUGGAACACGUAUUCUGGCAUUGUCAAACAAGGCCAUUCGUGUCCUUGAGCAGGCUGAAUCUGUAGAAGGCGAUGCCAGUGCAAGCUUAUUGGAGUUUGCGCUUGACAGUGAGGGGGCUGAAGGUGGCCUGGGCAAAGCAGUGCAAAUGGGAAGGCGAAGUGCAGAUCUGGAAACCUUGAAGAAUUUGAGGGAGCUGGCGGCUCAACUGCGGCCUUGGCGGCCAGAAGAGGAGUCAAACAGCCAAGGGCCCAUGAAAGAUGCAAAGCUGCUGUCAAGCUUGAUUCUUGCAAAGGGUGCUCGUUCACUCAAAAGAUCUGCAAAUGAGGAAAGAGGCAGCAGACGUAUGGCCUUGGUUUUGGGUGGACAUGCAGGAGCUACAAACGGAGUUGAGGUACCAGAAGUGGAUUUCAAAGCAAGUGAAUCUGUGGAGCAUGGCGACUUGCCAGCGGUGGCUGAUGACCAUGAACGUUUCCCUAGUGAUGAUUUGACAGAGUUGCCCCUUGUUGCUAUUCGAGUCAUUUGCCGGCGGGCAGCUGCAGGCUCAAAGGAAGCUUUGGGGAUUGUGUUGCAUGACGAAGAGAUGAAAUCAAGGGAUGGACUGGCACAGAUGGUGCCUUGGUUGAUCCGAUGUGCAGGUGCUUUGAAUCUGAAUUUGGAGGCUACGAUUCUUCGUGAGGACAAGAAGCCUGUGGCAAGCAUUUAUGCUACACGCCGGGCCCAUCUUCAGCUCUUAGAGGCAGUUCUCCCAACAUGCGCCCAUUUGCUGAGUGGUCUUCGGGAUGCUGGUCUUGCACAUUACCGGCAUACGGAGCUCUGCCAGGCGCUGUUGCUUCUUGCGCAGCGGCUUACCUCUGGCCUUUCAGGAUUGGCGCCUCGUGCCUCCUUCAAUAGUGAUCCUGAAUACAGGCUCCUAUGGCGGCAUUGCUUGGUGUGGCUUUGCAGAGCGUUCCGCUUAUGGUUCCAAGCAUUCCCCAGAGCUGCUGGCGGGCAGCUUUUGCUUCCAUUGCUUCGGCAUGCACGCGUAUUACCCACCAACUUCUCAGGAGGCUUGAUGCUACUUGCCACCUGCGGGACGCUGAAACCCUUGCUGCCCGCAGCUGGCAGUGACUUCAGCUUGCAAUUUUCCAACGCCCCAGCUGGCAGUGCAGAUGGCAUUUCACGGGUGGUCCUGCUGCCAUCAGGCACGCGGACUGGCAAUCAUGCAGUUGUGUCCCUGCGUCCUGGUCAAAAUGGCAGUGAUGGUGCAGCACAUGACAUGCAAGGUCAAUUUCGCAGCGAAGACUGGGAGGAAGGAAAUUGCAACGGGACGCCAGAAACUUUGGAUCCGCUUGUGCAGCUCCUCGCGCAGGAGCGUGAGGCUGCUACCGCGCAAGCCCUGGGACUGAUCGAGCUGGUGAACUCACGCCGUGAGAGACUGUCUCUGGAUGAUGUCGGGGAGUUGUUAGCUUUGGUCGCAGAGUGUGCUCUUACUUCUGAUGCCUUUCUUCAUCUUUGCACAGCCAAGGUCAUGGAGAAGCUGACAGCUGCGGGCCUGCCAAUUCUGGACCUUAUUCGACGACUAGCUGAAGCUGCUUUGAAUGGGGUGGUGAUGGAAACUGAAGGCCGAGAAGGAGCGGAGGACAACAUCAGUGGAGGCGCAACUCGAGACACUCGAGAUGCGAGGGCAGUCUCGCGCUUGCUGCUGCUGUUAGCUCACUUUGGAGCCCUGAGCAACACAGCUAGGCUCGCUUUGACAGAGCACUCUCUGGAGACAUUGUGUCAGUCGGUGCUAGCGCAUUCUCCAGCUACUUCUUUGCCGCCAAUGGCUUUCUCACAGUCAAUCAGGCUUUUGAGCCUGAUGUUUACGUCUAAUCCAUCUGGGCACUCGGUGCCCAAGUUCAGGAUGGUUGCAAAAGCCGUGAACCUCUUAAUCAACAAAGCCUCAGAUUCACAUCACAGUGCAUCAACUGUGUGUGCAGCCUUGGAGCUACUGAUGGGCUUGUGCACUCCUCAGUGGUUAUGCCUCAACCUGCUCUUCAGUGGUGCGUUGGAGAAUCUGGAAGAUGAAGAGGUGGAAGUGACGGUCAGUAGCACCUUCAGGCUUGAAAAGUGUAUGCAGCGCUUGGCCCAAGAACUCUCAACGGCAAACCAGCAGUGUCAUGCUGAAAAAGGCUCAGAGGAUGAAACCGCAGCCCUCGAAGAGCUCAGUGGGUGGCUGCAAGCCACAGAAUUGAUGGUGUCUCUUCAGCGAGUCGUCGUAGAGAACUGCCCCACCUCUACGGUCUUCUUCCAAGUUGUGCUCGGGAGCGCUGGAGCAUCGCCUAACAGCGUGUUCGAGGAUUUGAUGCAAAUAGUGCAGGGCAUCCCAGACAAUGCAGCGCACAUCUUGGAGCAAACUUCUCAGAUUGUGCAGGCAGUUGGCACAUUGCGAAAAGAGCUCCAGGCAAAGCCUACUGGGCCAAUUCCCAAUGCACUGCCAGCCCGGAUUUUUGCACCUCCAAGCCGUGGCAAGAAGACAGAAGGCAGAGGCAUGGACCCCAAAGAAGACAGAGGUCCGCACCAAGAGGACUGCGAAGUUGCAGUUGCAGAAGCUGUUUCACUUCUAGAUGCUGCGGUGGAUUUGGAGUCCAGUGUGGAGUGGGCCUCAGUGGUCGAGCUUGAUUCCACAGAGACUGGUGAUGACACCAAGAUGGAAUGGGAGUUUGAUGCUGGAAUGCUUCGGAAGAAACGCUUGGAUUUCCUGGAGAAGUUCGAGUCAGACAGGAGAGCCAAGCGUUUGAAACAGCAGCAGGAGAAGCAGCAGGAAAAGCAACGCAUGGAACGUGCUGAGGACAAAGCUGGCUCGGCAGGGGCCCCGCCUCAGUCCACCACAGACUUGGCACCUAGAGAUGCUGGUCCCCGGCAAAAUGAAAAGGUAGACAGAGCCGAUAGAGCAGAAGCUCCCAAAAAGGGCUCAGAUGGCAAAGUAAAUCCUGCUGAGGCCUUGCACGGCUUUCUCCAGGAUCAUCCAGAGUUCAUGCGGGUGCUGCAGAAUCCCAAGAAGCUCGUGCCGAAGAGAUGUCCCAAGGAGGAAGCAGACACGAAUGCCUGGAGCACAGGGUCUUCAUUGAUAGCACUGGCUGAUUUGGCUCAGAACUACGAGCUGAAAGCUUUGUGGUGUAGUCCUGUAGGCAAGAUGUGCAGCUUUCUUGUCACGUCGUGGCUAAUAUCAAAUUUAACGGCAGUGAACUUUUUUCUGUUGCCCCGUGGUCCUGAUGGAACUACCAGCAUUGAGAGAGGGCCAUUCACGUUUGUGCACAACUUACUGCACAUGACCGGUGAGCGAGUGUGGCAGCCAUUUGUGGAUGGAGAGGCAAUCGCUAUCUACAAUGGCGAGAUAUACAACUCGCGUCAAGUACCUGCCGGAUUUGGUGAGCGACACCAGUACCGAUCAGAUGGUGAGUGCUUGCUACCAUGCUAUCGUCAUCAUGGUGCUCGAUUUCCCCAGGUCCUUGAUGGUGAAUGGGCGAUGGUGGUGGUGGAUUUUGCAACACAAGAAGCAAUCAUAAGCACUGAUGUGUUUGGCACAAAGCCUCUGUGGUACUCUUGGCAUAGAGGCUUUCAUGCUGCAUCCUACAAAUCUGCACUCUUGAGGCUCGGACUCCAUGAGAAGCAAAUCCGAGCAGCUGCUCCCAACCAAGUCCUCCAUUUGAAAUUCUCUUUUGCCAUGGGCGCACAGCCUGCGCCCGGAGCUGUUCAAGUAGAGGAACUGGCUCGCUACAGCGUGCAUGAGUUUGAUACGCGCCAGUUCAAAACAUCAACCGAAGACUGGCAAAGUGCGUUCAGACGAGCAGUCUGGAAACGAAUAGCCACAUCCAACCAUCCAGUUUUUGUCGGCUUGAGUAGUGGCUACGACUCUGGAGCUUUGCAUCUGGCACUGGAAUCACAAGCCCCAGCACAUGCAGCAAACUACUUUACUGUAGCGGCUGAAGAGCUCCCCCAACUGAUCAAGCAGAGACUUUCUAUGCACAACAAGUCGGUUGCCCGUGCUUUCCAAAUCAGCCUUUCCCUCCAAGACUUCCAAGAUGAAGUCACCUGGUUGCGGUCGUGGUCAGAGCCUUCCAAGUAUGGCCGCUCGAAUUGGGCCGGUGGAUCUGUCCAAGAGGAUGGUGCUGCGGCUGGGCUUUCUGCCAUUUUCAGACUUUGCCGGAGAGCAGGCAUACUUGUGUACAUGUCAGGUGCUGGUGCUGAUGAAAUCAUUUCAGACUAUGGCUUUGCAGGCAAGAAGUUUUUUCCUCACAGCUCUUUUGGAGGUCUUUUUCCAGAGGACAUGUCUGCAUUCUUUCCAUGGACAUCGGUAUUUUUGGGAACACAGCGUGACUACCUAAUGAAAGAGGAAGUUGUCGCAGGCAGUCACGGGCUUGAGGCUAGAUAUCCUUUUUUGGAUCGGACAGUAGUGCAGGAAUUUUUAUGGCUGUCUCCGGAGGUCAAGAAUGAAUUGUACAAGCGCCCGGUUCAUGAUUUUCUGACUUCAGCUGGCUAUCCCUUUGAUAAGGGGAACAAAGAUGGCUUUGCUGCUGGGCGAAAUUUAAAACUUUACCAGGGCAGCUCCAUCUCCGUUCUGUACGACUCCAUCGGGCCCAACGCGCACAGUGAACAAAUCAGUGGCUCAGAAAGCUUGUCCUGUGUGCAUGGGUCGAGCUCCAGGAGUGGCAGAUGGCAAAGCGCUAGGUCUCAGAUGGUCACUUUCCUGGCGACUCAGCCGGAGGAGGUGGAAAUCACGAAUCACCUGGGCGGAUCGCUUCUCGCCUUCGCCGCGGAGCUUCAAUCAGAGCAUGCUCCAAUCAGAGCCUGUUCCUUGGGACAGAUUUGCUUGCAGCUUUUGAUGCUUCUACUUGCUGAGCCCUCUGCCCGUGCCACCUAUUUGCAGUUAGAUGCAGAUGAAAUGCUGCAGAUUCUGGGCACAGUAUCCUUGCCAUGGCCCAGCAUUGUUGUGUCUGGCUGGCCACUGUUUGAAUUGCUGCAUCGUAUUUCUCAAGAUGGGGUGCCUGCGAAAAACGCCCCCCUGGAAUUGAAUCAGUGGCUACCACUUUCAGAGUGCGGAGGGAAUAAAGAUCAGGAGGAAGAAUUAGAUUCAGUGGUGGCCGUGGUUGCAGCCAUGACGACACACAAUGCACUGCAGGACUUGCACAUGUUACGAGCCGUCCAGCUACGCCUUGCUGCUUUCUGGGAGUCACAAAACGCUGAUGGCAAGCUCCAGAAGAUGCUGAAGAGCGCUCGAAUGUGUGAGGUUUUUGCAGCUCUGGCGCUCCUUAGUCAACCAUACUACCGUGUGAAUUUGGCAGAUGCUUGGCACCUGGCUGCCUAGGGGAGAUUCUCUUGAGAGCACGAGUUGGAGUAAGUCCAUGGCAGUCUUGAGGACGGCGCACGG